AUGAAGAUCUUUUACUGUGUCUUCCAUUUUCUGUGUUAUGUGACCUUCAUUCUACAAGCUACGUGUAACCUGAUGGAUGCUGAUCGUUGCACAAAACUUAAGGGUGUCUGUAAGAGAAAAUGUCAUAUGAGUGAAAGGCAGAUUGAUACAUGCUUCUCACCAACUAAGAUUUGCUGCUAUGAGAGGGCAUAUGAUGAAAACCGUUUGUUUUAA